CUGUUUGUCCAGUGGACACACACACUCAUUGUGAAGGGUUCCUGUUUCUGAGGGUCAGUAGAUCUACUCAGGAAGGUGGUGAAGCUGAGGAGACUUACUAAGGAGGUGAAGGAGCAGAAGGCAAGAGGAGAGCAGGCAGCACAGAACAGAAGAAGGACAAAGAGGAGUGAGAAAAGUGAAGGUUGUGGCGAAAAGGUGGAUUUUGAAGGGACAAGCUGGAGGAAGAGGAAAGCAAAGUGCCUAGAAGAAAGGAGACAGGAGUGGUGGAGUACAAUGUGUCUCUGAAGGAGGUGAUUCAAAGGAGGUGAGAGGAAUAAAGGAGUAUAUAUUGUUGGUUGCCAAAUGAAGGAGCACAGAAAGAAGAGCUGAUGUGACUUUAGAGGUUAAAAAAGGUGACCUGGAGGAAGAGGAGAGGAAGACAGGAAGAGGAGCAAGAGCAUCAGAGAAAGUUUGAACAUUUGAAGUUUUUGAGGAGCUGAUCUUUUCCUGAUGAUGGGCUGCUGUCUGUUUGUUUACUACCGGAAGAAAAGGAAGCAGACCAGCAGAGAUGCAGAUUCCCUCAGUCUCUGCAGUCUUGACAUCAGUCACAUCAGUUCUUCUGAGCAACAUUGUCGUUGUCUUGACUGGUCCAUGAUUUUAUUCAUUCUCACUGGUUGGAAUUCACUAAGUACAUUAACUCAGGCCAGUAUCAAGGAGCCCAGCACCAAGCGCAGUAAGCCUGUAUCCAGGGUGACGUCUCUGGCAAGCCUUUUGCCACCCGUCAAGACCACGCCGCUGAAGCGGAUUGGUCAGACGCUGCAGCGCUCCAUCAGUUUUCGUAAUGAGAAUCGGGCAGAGAGAGCUGCUCCUCUUCCUCCUCCUUCCUCAACUAUGAAGGCACGUGUUAUCUCAGCAACAAUCUCCAACCCCUCAUCCUCCAUGACUGCAUCACGGGUUUCCACAGCAACAGCUCAGACCUCCAAGCGCCGUGACAGCAAGCUGUGGAGCGAAACGUUUGACGUCAGACUGGGAGCAACACAAACUCUGAGCCCAAAGGAGAUCAAACGGCAAGAGGCUAUUUUUGAGUUGGUUCAGGGAGAGCAGGACUUGGUGGAGGAUCUUAAAUUGGCCAAGAAGGCUUACCAUGACCCAAUGUUGAAGCUGUGCAUCAUGACUGAGCAGGAACUGAACCAAAUCUUUGGUACUCUGGAUUCACUAAUACCCCUUCAUGAAGACCUCCUAAGUCGCCUCCAAGGUGCAAGGAAACCUGAUGGGUCCACAGAACACGUGGGGCACAUCUUGACUGACUGGCUGCCCUGCCUCUCCUCCUACACUCCAUACUGCAGUAACCAGGUGAAAGCUAAGGCCUUGUUGGACCAGAAGAAGCAGGAUCGGCGUGUUCAGGACUUUUUGCAGCGCUGCCUUCAGUCACCUUUCAGCAGGAAGUUGGACCUGUGGAACUUCCUGGAUAUCCCCCGCAGCCGGCUAGUGAAAUACCCUCUGUUGCUCAGAGAGAUCCUGAAGCAUACGCCCAACGACCACCCGGACCGGCAGCACCUGGACGAGGCAAUGCUGAUGGUUCAGAGCGUGGUGGCGGACAUCAACAGGCAGACCGGAGAGUCGGAGUGUCAGUAUUACAAAGACUGUCUGCUGUACGCCGAGGAGGGACAAAGGGAUGAGCUCAUCGAUCGGUCCAAGACCCUCAGCUGCCACGGAGAGCUGAAGAACAACAGAGGACUCAAACUUCACAUUUUUCUGUUCCAGGAUGUCCUGGUCAUCACCAGGUCUGUCUCUCUAAACAACCAGCCGGUCAGCUACCAGCUCUGUCGCCAGCCAAUCCCCAUUCGUCAGCUAGACCUGGAGGACCUACCAGAUGGCGAGAUGAGAGUGGGCGGCUCCAUCAGAGGCGCGUUCAGCAACAACGAGCGGACAAAAAACUUCUUCCGGGUUUCCUACCGUUCAGGAGGACAGCUGCAGACCCACUACUUUCAGGCCAGCGACGCUUUCAACAAACAGCAGUGGAUCAACUGCAUCAGACAAGCCAAAGAAGCUGCAGCUCUGACUGAAGGCCAUCCACUACAUACAGGACAGCAACUAGAGCUCGGACCUGGGGGACAGAUAAGGCCACUCGAUGAGACAGGUCUGAGUUCACGCAGCGAUUUGGUGCUUGGAAAUGAGAAGGGAAUGUGGGGGGAGAUGGAGAUAGGUCUGAGUUUGGAAGAAGAAGCAAGUCUGAGCAGAGGGGAAGAUCUUGGUUUAGAUAAGAAGGAUGGCCCGACUAAAGAGCUAAUAACAAGUAGGGAGGUGGACACAGGUUUGGUUGUGGAUGGUGAAAUGUGUUUGGAAUUAGGUGGAGGAUCAGAAAUGGACAGUGAGAUAAAAACAAGUGUGAAGACGGAGAAAAAUCAGGGUGUUUGUGUGCAGAUGGGAGCACAACCAGAAGCCUGUGCAGAAUGGAGGAUGGAUGGAGGAGAGACUCUAAUCACAGCUGAUAAAGAUGAUGCUUCAACUUCCCUCUUAUCCUCAAACUCUCCCACACAACAGGUGGAGUUGAUGAAUCAGGAGCAGAGUGGUUCUAAGGUGGAAGAAGAGGUUGACAUGGACACUGGCGAGAUUGACUCACUGCAGUGUGAGGAGCUGAUCCACAGGUGCUGAUGCCAGGAGCAAAUAAACACAGAACUGAAAAAGGACCCUGCAACCAGUCAAACCAAAGUUAGCCAUGUCUAGACACACUGAUCAACAUAUUCUGGUAGGUGUUAUCUAUGGGUAUGCGUUGAAUUACAGUCCUCAUGAGUAGUCACAUGAUCAACCAGCAGUGACAUCAUAACUGUGAAGGCAUGCAUGCUCAUGUCUUUAGUGGUGGUGUCAUCUCUAGAUCUCAUAAAAACAAGAUUAUCUUAGAUUAUCUGGUUAUGUCUGGUUGCUAAUGAUUCGGCACUAAUAGGGUUCUGACAGUGACUAGUAUGCCAAAAUCCCAACAUUUGCUUUCUUCUGUUGUACACUUUUCACUCUUUUUUUUAAAGUUCCCUUUAUGUAGACUCAGCCUACUGUCAAUUAGAUAUAAUAAAAUUUAUUGCAUCGACCAUUUGCUAAUGAUAUACUGAAAACAGAAACUGAAAAACAUAGAGAAUGAGAGUAUUUGCCAUUUUACAAAGCACCUUUUCUGCAGAGAUUUGUUAAAUCCAGCUAAAGGUAUGUCAAUCCAUGUUGAAGUGGAGGCCUUCUACUUCCUUUUUUUUUUUUUCUUUUGAGUCACAGAAAUUUCUUCUUCCUCAAGAAGAAGUAUUUUGUCUUGUUGACUUUUAACAUUUAAAUUGUGCAUGUAAACACUGGAGAAAUGAGCUGUAUUUCCAUCUGUUAAAGCACUUUAAAUGCAAAUGAAUUGUUUCAGUGCAUUUUCAGUUUUGAUCAUCUAUUCUGACACUUUUUGCUUCAUUAUUCUGUAAUACUGAAGCAGCUUGCAGCUGCUGUAAGUCUGACUACAAAGUCUUAAAGAAAGAGCGUGUUGUGUAUUUUCUGUAUGUAUGUAAAGACUGUACAUGAAGUGUAUGUUUAUAUGAAUGUUGAAACAAAGACAAUUAUGUAUGUUAAAUGUGCCCACUUAUUACUCGUGAAAUAUAAUUGCAAGACAAUAAGAUACGAGGUUGCUAUUAACACUAACAAUUAAGGAUUAAAAUCUACGGAACCCAUCAGUUAGAAAAAUAAAAUAAAAUAAAAAGGCAUUUGCACAGUUCAAAUGAUUUAUUAAAAACAUGCUUCUGGACAUCACUUUUUCUCUUGUGUAAAAAAAAAAAAAAGAUAUUAAGUUUAAGUAUUAAUGUCUUUUCACUGUCACUGAACCAAAGAAUUAAUAAAACAUAUUUGUAACUUUG